AUGGCCGUGACUGCGUCCCUUGUCUUCUGGCUUCAAGGUGUCAGCUCAGAGCUGCCGCGUCAUCUCCAUGUCUUCAGGAGUCAAAAUCUGCUUGACAUUUCUAGCCUGCAGCAGAUGAGCGCUGGAAGCGUAAAGGGACUAAUCACGGCACUCAAGCAAGCCGGAGCUGACCGUACAGAGUUGAGGGCGCUGCAGACGGCGCUGCAGUCAAAUAAGAUCCAGCGAAUCCAGCCCGGCCUGCAAGGCUCUGGAAUCAUCGUGUGGUCAGACGAGGCCGAUUUCGUGGAAGAUCUACGACCAAAGAGUCCGCUGGUGGUUGUUCCGGGAAGAACCUGGAAGGCCCCGGCCUCCACGGAGUGGCAUUGGGAUGAUGAUCCGCGCCCAGCUUGGCACAGCCUCGCACGGCACAGGGGCAUCGAAUGCCAGGCAGUUCUGUGCAAAGCAGAGCAGAGACCAUGGGAGCUGGACAGGGCGUAUUGGUGGGAAGUCGUUCAACAUGCUCUGGCAAACAUGAGGGGGUCAAUGACACCAGAUAUGGCUCUGAUGGCUAUGCUUCAGGCUGGAAGAGGGGUCGCGGCUGCGCUGCGCCAUGAUGUCAAGACGGCGGGCUGCCUCUGCGACUGCGGCUCCCUGUGCGAAGGUUCCGACGCAGCUGCUACUGCGGCUUUCACACUUUCUGACAGUAUUAUUCUCCUGUGCGUCAUUAUGUCUGACUCGGUUCAUGAGGAUGAAUUUCGACGGAUGCUCGAGCCUGGACGGAAGAAGCACGACAAGUUGAUUGGCAGGCUGCCAAAAGGUCAAGAAUCGCCUUUUGGCGACUUUCCACCAGACUACACGCGACCUGGGGAUGACGAAAAGAGGUCCCUGGGCCUUCAACUCUCGGGCACAGCAACACUGACGCCGCGGAAAUCAGCGGAUCAGGCGCUGCCCUCAGCUCGCAGCUCACUGCCGUCAGCGCGCAGUACGGAUGGCAAGACGCCGCGUACAGCUCGCGAGAUAGAGAGGAUGACACCUCGCGAUGGUGCCUUCUCCAACACGGCGCCAAAGCACCUGCGCAGUCUGGGCCCUCCCGCAGCUGGGGCCUUUCAGAAGCGACCCAUCGAGCCUUCGGAGUUUAGAAGAUUUUACGACCGGAACGACUUGCCCAUCCAGAUUAUGCACACGGGCACGCAGAACAGGAUUGCGUGGAAGGUUGAUGUAGAGAAGCUGGACUACCACCACUAUCUUCCUAUUUUCUUCGACGGGUUGCGCGAAAAGGAGGAGCCAUAUCGCUUCUUCGCUGUGGAGGGUGUGUAUAAUCUCCUGGAGAAGGGCGGGUCCAAGAUCCUCCCGGUGGUGCCGCAGCUCAUUAUCCCCAUCAAGAAGGCGCUCAACACGCGGGAUAUUGAAGUGAUGGUGACGACCAUGAAGGUGCUGCAGACGCUGGUUCUGUCGGGGGAGAUGGUGGGAGAGGCUCUGGUGCCCUACUACCGCCAGAUCUUGCCGGUACUGAAUAUCUUCAAGUCGGCCACGAAGAGCACCUUCGACCAGAUGGAUUACUCGCAGCGCAAGCGAAUGGACAUCGGGGCACUCAUCGACGAGACCCUGGAGAUUCUGGAAACACAUGGGGGCGAAGAUGCCUUCAUCAACAUCAAGUACAUGAUACCAACCUACGAGUCAUGUGUAUCUGUUUGA